CACCGGUUACUACUUUAGUCUACGGAACGAGACUCCUCAACGUACCAGAGACACUGCAGGCAUUCUGCUGUUUGGAUUUUUAUUCUCCUUCUUGUAGCCGCGGAAGCAAGAAGACAGUAUGCAUACCCCUCUGCAGCUGGCACCCAGCUACCAUCAAAUCAAACUAGAGCGCAAGCUCCUGAAGCCUCAGGUGGAGAGAAAGAGGCGGGAAAGGAUCAACCGCAGCCUGGAGACACUUUGUAAGAUGCUGAUGCAAGACAAAGACAACAACCAGAAAAGAGCAGAGAAAGCCGAGAUUCUGGAGCACACGGUUGCCUUCCUGAAGACCAGUGGUGUCCAUGAUAUCCAGAGCAGCGAUGUCUCCAACUUCCAGAGCGGUUUCUCCUCGUGUCUUCAGAGGGCGUCCGAGUUCCUCCACACGGCCGGUCUGACCAGAGAGCAGCAGGAGAGUCUCUCGUCUCGUCUAGACAUGGUGGCGUCUCGCCUGGACAUGGUGGCGUCUCGCCUGCAUUCUCCUCCUCUUCCUCCUCCUCAUCCUCAUCAUCUUCACCACCAGAAGCCUGGCGCCCCCGUGCCCCUCUCACCCCCUGCGGUCUCUAGGCAACCGAGCCCCCGGGCGUCAGCGCUGAAGGCCCUGCUAAGCCACAGGUGGGCAGGUGACCUCACUUCCUGCCACGUGACGUCACCAAGAGGUGAGAGGACGGGGAUGGCGGCCAGUAACCAUGGCGACAGGAAGACUCCCUGCACCUCGCCCUCCGCAGCUCGCCCCUCCCCCUCUGCCCCCCUCACCACGGCAACUACACCCGUCUCCAAGACAACCUGUCACCCACGGCGACUCCUGGCCCCCGCCCAGCCCAUGUGGAGGCCCUGGCCCUGAAGGACAGCUGUCAAUCAGGACUGUUGCAUAGCAACCAAUCAAAAUACCAUUCAGGACUGUGGCUUGGCAACCACUCAAACUGCUGAGCAGAUAUAAAGACUUUGAGAAGGGAAAGGUGCAAUGGACCAAAGCCAGUGUGUGUGACUGUACAGCUAGCUAAUACGAUAGUGACACAGCAGUCAAUAUGUUCUUAGAAUGCAGGCAGUUCUGUAGAACCUCAGCAGAGCUGGACCUGCUGUAAAACUAAACCAAAAGAGAGCGUUGGAUGAUUCCAGAAUAGAACUCUGAGAUUGACAGACUGUGGAUGCAUGUCAGGAAGCAAGUGAGUUCAGACUAGACUGACGUUCUCAGUUCUUCACAUUUUUUUAUUUUAUUUAAACGCACACGUUACUUUGUUCUGUACAUUUGUUUAUUUAUUCCAGUGCUGAUACUCUGAGAGUCAUUUGUCAUGGGAGAUUUGUCUAUAUUUUGUACUAUGAAGGAAAUAAAUGUUUUCCAAAAAUGUAAAUGGAUGCUUUGCGGUGUCUUUUUUAAGAAGUUACAUCCAUCCACCUUA